AUGCGUCCUAAAUUAAAGUUGGUGUGUGCAGCAUUUGCUAUUAUUGUGAUUUUGAACUUGUGCAGUUGUUCGUGCCAAACACAGAAGAGGAAUAAAAAAGGAACCCGCCUUCUUGGACUUGACCCGCUGGAUGGCGGUUCGACGGGUUCAGCCGGACUCUGGCCAGGAGUAUUCAAUGUUGCAAAGAAAGCGACAAUAACCAGCAAUGCCACAUGCGGCGACCUGGGCAAGGAGGAAUAUUGCAGGCUAGGAGAGCAGCAUCGAUCGCGACCGAAAGCAAGGGCGCCCGCAUGUGGUAUUUGUGAUCCGUCGAGUACGGAUCCUGAUAAGCAUCACCCGCCUUCGAGGGUCCUGGAUGGCACGGCCAGGUGGUGGCAGAGUCCUUCGUUACGUUAUGGUGACAAAUAUCAUAGGGUGACGCUGACUCUGGAUCUUGGACAGAUAUAUCAAAUAGCGUAUGUUAUUGUUCGUGCAGCCAACUCUCCCCGACCAGCAGCCUGGGUUCUUGAAAGGUCUUUGGAUGGAAUCGAAUACGCACCUUGGCAAUUCUUCGCCAGCUCAGAUGAAGAAUGUUGGAGAAGAUAUGGUUUGGAAGCGACUCCUGGUAAGCCAAGGCAUCGUGCUGAUUCUGAAGUCAUCUGUACAGCUUAUUAUUCGAAAAUUCAGCCUUUGGAGAAUGGCGAGAUUCAUGUGUCCUUGCUAAGCGACAAACCUCAAGGCGCCUCGCCAACUGCCGAAGAAUUUGCGAUGGCGAGAUACGUUCGUCUUAGGUUCCAAAGGAUGCGAACGCUGUCCGCCGGCAAAUGGCUGAGAAGGGCAAGCGAGCGGCCAAAAGGCAACACACAUUACUAUUCCAUAAGGGAAAUCGAUAUUGGUGGCCAAUGUGUGUGCGGAGGACAUGCCAGUCGAUGCCGACACGAUGUUACUACCGGACAUCCAGUUUGCGAAUGUAUGCACAAUACUUGUGGCGCGAACUGCGACCAAUGUUGUCCCAUGUACAACCAGACACCAUACCGUCCAGGCACCACCAAUAAGGCAAACGCUUGCGAGCGAUGCGAAUGCCACGGUCACGCUACAUCCUGCGUCUACGACGAACAAGUCGACAUGCUGUCGGGAAGUCUCGACACUAAUGGAAAAUAUAGAGGCGGUGGCGUAUGUGUCGAUUGUGGGAAAAACACCACGGGCAUCAACUGCGAGCGUUGUUUAACUGGUUUCUAUAGACCUCUGGGACGUGCGCCUAGUGAUGCUCUACCAUGCUUACCUUGCGAUUGUGAUGCAGUAGGUUCUACAGGUAUUUGCGAUUUGGAUGAAUUAAACCCUGGCGCUUGUGAGUGCAAGCCGGGCUUUGAUGGUUUACGAUGCGACCGCUGCAAACCUGGCCAUCGCGGCGCGGAUUGUCGCCCAUGCCCCUGCGAUACACGUGGAUCGCUUCCUGGAUCUGAAUGCGAGCUGGAGUGCCAGUGUAAGCCGAAUGUCGAAGGAGUUCAUUGUGAUACAUGCAAAACGGGGUUUUUUGCGUUAAGCGAGAGCCAUGAAGAUGGAUGCCUGCCGUGUUUUUGCUCUGGUGUGGGAUCUUCUUGCAGGUCUGCCGAAGUUAAUUUAAGUGUGAUUUCGUCUCUUGAUGGAUGGAAGAUCACCGACACCGCUGUUACUUCAUUAUUCGUUCCAAUAUCUGAUGAGGAAACAGGUGACAUCCUGGCCGUGGAUGAAGAACUCAUAGGAUUAGAACCAUACUAUUGGACUGCUCCUGCUGUUUACCUUGGAAAUCUUUUAACAUCUUAUGGAAGUGAUUUAACGGCACGACUAUCCUGGAUCAUUAUGCGCGGCGACACAAGUGGACGAGUUAUUACGGGUCCUGAUGCAUUUAUCAUUGGAAUGAACGGGGAAACCAUUCAAUAUGGACCAUUUCAUCAUGACGGAGAAAAUGUAACUCUAUCGAUACCUCUAAAAGAAAAGUUUUGGCAAAAAAGUGAUGGUAGCACUAUAACACACAUCGAAUUUAUGAAUAUUUUAGGAAAUGUAAAACAUAUUCUGAUACGAGCAAAAUUCCAUACGGAUCAAGCAGAGUGCAUCAUAAAUGAAUUUGUUCUUCAACGGGGAAACAAUUUUACGAAGACAAAUAGUGUUGGUCUGAUCGAACACUGCGACUGUGCACCAGGAUAUGCUGGGUUGAGCUGCGAAGAAUGCGCAUAUGGCCACGUCCUAUCGGGUCGCCAAUGCGAGCGAUGCGAUUGCAACAAUCAUUCUCGGACUUGUGAUCUUGACACUGGUGGCUGCGGUCAAUGCGAUCACAACACUACAGGCGAAAAAUGUGAAAGAUGCGCGCCUGGAUAUUAUGGAAACCCACUUAAUGGAACUGCCGAUGAUUGCAAGAAAUGCGCCUGCCCGUUACAUGACCCGCUGAACAAUUUCAGCCCGAGUUGCCAGCUGGACGGUGCCGGCGGCUAUGUCUGCACACAAUGUCCAGAAGGGUACAUUGGAGAUCACUGUGAAAUCUGCGAUGAUGGUUACUAUGGUUCGCCUUUGUUGCUCGGCUCUACAUGUGAGCCAUGCGACUGUGGCCUGGAUAGUCCAUGCGACCCAAUCACUGGCGAUUGCUUGGACUGCGGUGCCGGAACAACAGGGCGUCAUUGCGAACGAUGCGAGCCAGGAUCAUUUGGCGAUCCAAACUUGAAUAUCACUUGUAUUCCUUGCAACUGCUAUGAAAAUGGCACCGUUUUAGCUAAUACUGAACAAGAUGAGAUUAUCUGCAACACAAUGACUGGUCAAUGUGAUUGCAAUGAGCGAUUUACUGGUAGAGAUUGCGAUACGUGUCAGAUUGGCUAUGGCGAUAUAUCAAAUGACUGCCCACCUUGCUCUUGCGAUUUAGUAGGAUCGGUGAAUGGCACCUGUGAUCCGCAAACAGGAGCAUGCGACUGCAAACCAGGCGUUGGCGGACUCAGAUGCGACACAUGUGUUGAUUUACAUUACGGAUUCAGCGAAGACGGUUGUAAAGGUUGUUUUUGUGAUAAACUUGGAUCCAGAACUGAAAAGUGUGAUAUCGUGUCAGGAGUGUGUACGUGUAAAGAAAAUGUGGAACAACCUAAGUGCAAUAUAUGCAAGUUGGGUUAUUGGGGCAUAAUGUCUGGAGAAGGAUGCAUAUCUUGUAACUGCGAUCCUUUGGGCUCACUUGAUGGAUCUUGUGAUCAACAUACUGGACAAUGUUUGUGCAAGCCCAGUGUGACUGGUCUACGUUGUGACAGUUGUGCACCUGGAUAUUAUGGACUUACCGCCAGAGGAUGUUCAAUGUGUGAAAACUGCGAUAAGCCCGGACAUAUUUGCGAUCCUGACACCGGCCGAUGUGUUUGCCCCAGACUCAGUACGGGUCCUAGGUGUGAGCAGUGCUUCGAGAACGCCUGGAAUCAACAACCUGGUCGAGGUUGUACGGAUUGCAAAUGUCACGUGGCGGGAUCCUUAAGUUCCAAAUGUGAUCAAAAAACGGGCCAAUGUGAGUGCAAACCUGGUUUCAGAGGAAAACGUUGCGAAGAAUGUGAUAAGUAUUACUAUGGCCUUCCAUACUGCAAGAGAUGCCAAUGUGAUUUGGACGGAACCGAAUCCAGAUAUUGCAAUUCCACCAGCGGCCAAUGCGAAUGCAAAUUAACAAGUGGACAGUGCCCUUGCAAGGUGUCAACUGAAGGACAAAAAUGCGAUAGUUGUAAGCCUGGCUCUUUUGGUUUGAAUCCUUUAAAUCCUAAUGGUUGUACUACUUGCUUCUGCUUUGGCCGCAGCCAGAAAUGUUCACAGGCCAAAUUGACAUGGGGACAGAUUCGAUUGGUUUCCGAAAUAAAAUUGCAAAUAAUUCACCUACGAGCUGGUGGCGGAGCAAAUCAAUUGGUAUAUUACGAGCUAUUGGAUGAGAAAAACAAUAUACAAAAAAUUCAACAACGAAAUCUUAGAUUGCCUGCUGUGAAGGGUCUAACUUUUGUACCAAAUAGAACAAUAUCGCUCGGUAUUAAUUUUGAGUUUCAUCAUCCGAUAUACUUCCAGCUACCUGAAAGAUUUCUAGGCGAUAAAAUUUUAUCAUAUGGAGGAGCUCUAAGAUUCGAAUUCGCUAUUAGAAACAAUAGCGAUGUGAGAGAGUUUGAUGGACAUGUGCUAGCAAAACACCCUUUGGCAUUGCUAGUGGCACAUGACGAACUGACGAUUGAAUAUUUUGAUAAUAAUAUUGAUAAUAAAGAAAAUUUCACGAUAAUGUUGCAUGAGUCUUAUUGGCGUGUUCGCGAUCAUCGUGAAAAAGAAGUUACUCGAGAGCUUAUGAUGGUUGCAUUGCAGAAGGUUACAGCUUUCAUAAUACGAGCUACUACUUACAAGGAUUUUGAUGAAAUCAUAUUGAAAGAUGUAUCACUGGAUACUGCAAUACUGGUACACGAUACUCCGAUACUUGGUAAUCCCGCAUUAGGUAUCGAGUUAUGCGAAUGUCCUUCUGAAUAUGAAGGGACAUCUUGCCAAAAUCCAGCUCUUGGUUAUCACAGACAUAAACACACUGAACCAGCAGCCAAACUGAUUCCUAAAUAUAUUGGAGAAGCUAAGAAAUGCCAUUGUAAUGGUCGCAGCGCCAAUUGCGAUAGAGAAACUGGCCAUUGCACGGAUUGCGGUUUUAACACAGCAGGUCAGCACUGCCAACAUUGCGCUGAAGGCUUUUAUGGAAAUCCUGAUAAUGAAGGAUGCAAAGCCUGUCUUUGCCCUGAUGAAGAUAGAAACAAUGCCAAGUAUUGCAACGUUACACAUAAUUCAGUUGAGCCGCAAUGUAUAUGCAAAGAAGGAUACACUGGUCCAAAAUGCGACAUGUGCCAAUCCGGUUAUUUCGGAAAUCCUAUGGAAUUUGGAGGAGAAUGUAAAAAAUGCGACUGUGAACAAGGCGGUAGUACAGGAUCGGAUUGUAAUUCGACAACUGGAGAAUGUGUUUGCAGAAGUGGAGUAACGGGUUCUAGAUGUGAUACAUGUAUUGCAGAUAGGCACGAGUUUGUAAAUGACAAUUGCCAACCUUGUGAUAACUGCACCCAAAUUUUGCUGAACGAUCUAGAUGAUUUGAUUGAAGAAUUAGAACGAGGAACAAAUCACACAUCACAACGUAUUCCCCACCUUGGCCUAUUAUUUGAGUUUGUCAAUAGAACACAAUCGCUCAGAGAACAACUUGAUCAAUUGAAUCGUGCAUCAGAAUCCCUAAAUAUUAAUGACGAUGAAUACAGAAACCUGGAAAAGCAAAUAAAGGAUUCACUUGAUCUUGCACGGCAGAAUUUAACCAACAUUGAAAAACUAUCUACAGACUCUGAAAAUUUGAAAGAUGAUGCUUUAUUAUUCUGGGAACAUGAUUUAGAACCUGCUAUUAAAGACAUGAAUGAUAUUAUUCAACAGUUGAAAAAUUUCGUAAUGACUGCUUCCACUAUUGAUACAGAUGCUGCUUUGAUGAAUGCGACCGAGACCUUGAACCAAAUUAAAGCUAUUUCAUUAAGUGAUAUUGAAGAAGAAGCAAAGAAAAAAUUAGAAAAUUGCGAGAUUUUAUUAGAUUACAUUAAUAUGAUGCUGCCUUCAUGGUCUGCAGAAAAAUUGGAUUGGGUUAAUUUGAACAAUAGUUUGGACGCUGUUGAUCGAAAAAUUGACGACAGCCGUAGGCAGAUGUUCAACAUCACAAAUACUGAAAAACACGUUAGAGAUAAAAUAGAUUUUCUAACAAAUGCACUAUCUUCAUUUAAUGAGAAAGUAGAAGAUAUCAUGGAAAAGGCUGGUGAUCUCUCUGUACUUCCAUUUUACCUGAACAUAACAUUUGAUGAAUACGAGACUAGAUUAGAGAAUUGGGAUAAUGACUGGUCUAAUUACAAAGACGACUUAAAACAGAAAGAAGAACUUCUUCGUAGAUUGGGACCAGAGUACGACGAGAUUUAUGUAAAGCCUAGUAUGGAACACGCUUUAAAAUUGAAAGAAGAUGCUGAACGAUUUAAAGCGCAAUUCAGUAUAUCUGAGAACACAACUAGAGCAGUUGAGGCAAGCACAGCCUAUCAAAGAAUUAUAGACGGCAUUAGUGAGACUAAAAAUAAUGUACAAUCAGCUAAAUCAUUUGUAACUGAAGCGGAUACAACUCUCAACCCAUCAGAUGGACCUAAAUUAACUGAUCAAUCAUUUGAAAUUAAAACACAAUCAGAAGAGCUCGAUAAACAAGCUAAGGAUAUUUCAAAUAGGGUCGAAAAUCUCAGAGAUCGCGUACGAAAACAAAUAACAGAAACGGAUAAUUUGAGACAACCUUUACGAUCAAUGAGAAUUGAUGUUGAAAAAAUGAAUCAAGAUUUGGAUACUAUUGAAGGGAAAGAUAGAGAAAUUAUUAUAAUAAUGGAGAGAGAAACAAGUCACGCAGCUAAUGUGGCCAGUGAAAUACUUACGAGUCCGAUUCCAAACUUGACUGAUAGUUUUGGUCAAUUUAAAAAUAGUACGGACAAAAAAUUCGAAUUAAAUGAUGUUUUGAAAACAUCCCAUGAUAACUAUCAAGAGAUAAACAUAAAGCUGAAGACUUUGGAACCUAAUCUAAGAACUACUGAAGAUGAAAUAGUUAAUCUCUCAAAUAUGUUCCAAAAACUUCGAAAUCAAAUUGCUUUUGCCAGACAGAUUGCUGAUGGGAUAUCAUUGUCGUUGACACAAGAAUUAGCCCAGUUUGAUGAGCCAUGCCAGCGGGAGUAUGCUCCACAAUUCCUCACUUCAUCCAGUUCAAACCUUAUAGAAUUCAAAAUGUCUGUGCCAUUUGGUAUUUCAGAGUCUGGGCUUAUAUAUAUUCUUGGAGUUAAAAAAGAAUACAUUGCUGUCGAGCUAAUUGAAGGUUCCGUUAAUGUAAAAUGGAACUUAGGUGGAGUCACUAGUCAAACCAAUUUGUCACUUGUCUUAGAUCAAACAGAUGAUAAUGAAGAAAGUGGAUGGUAUAAAGUUAGCGUUACUAGAACCUCACAAAAUAUGAUACUGGCAGUGCUAGGUUCUAGCAAUCGUUUGCAUGAAGAUCGUGUAGUAGGCAAUGAAGUGUAUUCUAUACUCGAUUUGCCAAAAAAUGGAGCUAGGUUGUGGCUUGGUGGUUUUCCUAUAGACCAAUUAGACGAACAUGACUUAUCUCCAAAGACACCAACCGAGAUUGGGCUUCGGGCUCGAAUAGAUCAACUUAAAUUGGAUUCUGUACCAAUUGGCUUGUGGAGUUUUAUUAACAUAAAUAAUUCUAAAUGCGCUGCAGCGAGAGUUGGGCCAAGUAAUAAGUGCACAUCCAAUCAUUAUUUCAACGGAUACGGUUACAGUAAUCCAAACUUGGAGAAAUCCACCUCAUUCACCAAGCAUGGUAAGGACAUGUUCUUGUCAUUCAGUUUAUUAACACUGGACAGCGAUGCACUUUUGUUUCUAGCAGAUGAACGUGAUAAAAAUCGUUUGGUUGCUCUAAUGUUGGAAGACGGACACCUAGUCUUUGUAAUCAAGUAUUCGACAGGGAAUGUUUUAAGGAUAAAAUCUCCAGAAGUGGUUAAUAACGGAAUAUCUGUGCAAGUAGUGGCAUUGCGAUCAUUCCAAAAGCAAAAGGAAAUUGCAAAAUUGCGGAUUAAUUCGAAUGAAUACGAAGAACAUCCACUCUUUCCUAUUACUGAUGAAAAAUAUAUUCCCUCAAUUGACAAUUCAAUUGUCUAUUUUGGAGGUGUACCUCCAAAUUUCACUGACAUAUCAGGAAUGAGUAUUACAACUACAUCUCUGCUUGGCAAUAUAGACAAAGUCCAACUGAAUAAUUUUAAUCAAGAUCUGACUUCUAAUUUAUUUUACGGAGUUGAACUUGUGUGUGAGGCACGACUUACCGACAUUACUUCAUUAGGAUUCCCUGGGAACGGAUAUCUUAAAUUAGAUAAAUCUAUGCCAAUGCAAAAGAAUGCCAAUGUCGAAUUUGGCUUUAGAAGUAGAGAUUCGAAUGCUUUGUUAAUAUUAAACAUUCCUAAUAUGACUUCUGAGUCAAGCACAAGUGAUUUAGGAAACGAAGAUAUGGAAAUCAAUAGUUUUUACUCUGUCUCACUUUCAGAAGGAAAAAUUCUUUUUAAGAUAAAUACAAAUAUUGCUGCGACAGAGGGAAAGCAUGUUCAGAUGAUAUCAGAGAAAACAUAUAACGACGGCGAAUUUCAUGUUAUCAGCAUUUUGAAAAACGAAAGAAAUUUUAAGUUGGUUGUCGAUGACAUUGAGCAAGAUAAUGUCGUUCUUAAAAAGCCGCAGAGUAGAAACUUAAGCGUUAAUGAAUCUGGAAGUAUGUAUUUUGGUGGAAUUCCAUCGAAUAUAAAAAGUCUUAUUCAAAACUAUGGAAUUGAACAUAAACCUCUUGUGGGAGCUAUCAAACAAGUUCUCUUUGAAAAGAAGCUUUUGAAUUUUAAUACUUCAAUUUCACACGUAAAUGUGAGCAUUGGACGGUUAGGCCCGAAUUUGUCUAUGAGUAGCUCAAACGAUGAACAAAAUGACACACAACCAACAGUACGCGCAAUUUCAAACAUUCCUCAAACUUGUAUGAAGAUUGGAGCUCAUUCUAUUCAAAAGGACAGCGGCCAGUUUGGAGAUGGUGGUGACAGUUACGCUGAAGUUCAUCUUGCUAAAAAGAAUAUUUGGCAGAAGGAAUAUACAGUCGAGUUCGACUUUAGAACGUUUUAUCCAAAUGGUUUGCUGUUUGCGACACUGCCGGCGAAACCCAGUCAUAGACAUUACGUGAUACUGUCUUUAGAAAACGGUCAACUUAUCCUACAAGUUCGAUCUAGCAAAACUCGUGCUGUCCUACAACUGCCAACAACUCGCUUGAAUGACGGCAAAUGGCAUCGCGUCAAAUUGGUUGUCAGUGCACCUCGAGCAGGUUCUAGAACAACAAGAAAUUCUGAAGAAUUACACGAGACGCAUGAUGAAAAUAGAGAAAAGCGACAGACUGAUGAAGCGCAACCUAAGAAGAAGAAACGCAAGAAGGGUAAGAAGGAACAUAGAAGCUAUGCUGAUGAGGCUAAAAGGGGAUCAAGAAAAGCUACACUUAGUGUGGAUGGCGUUACUAGCGCUCAAGCUAACUUGCCGGAUAAAAUAAAAGUUGCGCCCAUUGUAUACGUUGGAGGACUGCCGAAUAAGGAACUACCAAUGCCUGUAAAUAUGACGCAAAAACUUGGUGGUUUGAAAGGAUGCGUUCGUAGUUUUAAAGUCAACGAUGCGAAAAUUGAUUUAGUUGGAGGAUUUAUUAGUAAUGUGAGACAAUGCUUUCCAAAUGUUGAACGAGGAUCUUACUUUGCUGGAGAUUCAUAUGCCGUAUAUGAUAAGGAAUUUGUUAUAAACAAAGUUUUGGAAUUGCAAUUGGAGUUCCGAACGUCGAUAACAUCUGGAGUCUUGUUGAGUAUUGCUGAUCAGUCUGGAAAACCAGCAUUGUCUUUAGAAAUCAAUGAUAGCAAGAUAAUUAUGUCGGUGGAUUCUGGUAACGGAUCUCCUUUAGUAUUAGCAAGAGAAUUGCCUUUGUUGUGCGAUAAUAAAUGGCACAACAUAUCGGCAUUAUACGAUUCUGAAGAACUGUCAAUUCGAGUUGAUCAGCUACUACCAUGGUCAAGAGUCAGGGCGCCUCCUGGACAUGACAUGCCUAUAUUUAAAGGUCCUUUAUAUAUAGGAGGACUGCCUGACGAAGCUACGAGUGGCAGUCUAGUUACCAGGGACAAUUUCAAUGGAUGCAUAAGAAAUGUUGCUCUUGAGGGAAAAAUCAAGGAUUGGACGGACAUGGAUAGUCUGCACAAUGUCCUCCUAGGUUCAUGUCCUGUUGCACAUUGAUGCACGUAAGACUAAAAUAUAAUUUUAUUAUACUUAGUUAAAAUAAUCAAUAACUCUUCAAUAGAUAAUUGAAAAUCGUUACUUUACAUUCAUGUUUGGAAAAUGUCAAUCCUGGCAUAAAAAAUAUUAAAAAUAUUUUGUAUUUACU